AUAUUCUGCAAAAUCCAUUCAACCUUAGCUUAUAGAGGCCACGAGCGAUUUACCUACCACUCACAAGAACAGCCAUAAACUCCAUCGGACACCACAGUGUCUGCCCCAUGUUCUCUAAGAUUUAAUCACCGGAAUUCUCAACAGUGACAUGUCCCACAGCAUCCUGUUUCGUAAGAGCCUUUGCUAUGUUCCUCUAACACGUGGGAGUUCAGCCCUAAUGAGCUCGGGCAGUACCAAGCAUGAUUUAAGCAACGGGAAAGAAACGCCACGGCAUCCACUACGAAAUUCUUCUAGACAAACUCACAAUCAGGAGCAAGCAUUCAACAUGCCUGAGUCUGGGCAUUUCCAGCAGUAUCGGUACCAGGUUCAUUGCAAUGGGGGCGCUUAACCUCCGUUGGAUGGGUUCGACGGAGUGAACUAAAUCUCACCCAGUACGACAAAGACCAAAAGCUUGCAUUUUAGAAG